UCAUCCCCACCUAGAGCUUCUCUACCUUGCCCGUCACCGGCUCUCGCGUGUUCAAUCUCACAUUUCGCCUGCAGCCCUACGGUCCUGGUUAUAUCCGACACCUACGGUUAUAUUGACAGCCAACUCAACGAGGCCAGCCAAUCAUGGCUGUGUCAAACCCAGUUGCAUUCAAGCCAUUCGCAGUAACAUUCUGGACCACUGUCACCUACAUUGCUCUCCUCGUUCCCUUGCUUGUCAUCCACGAAACAGUUCCGUCUCCCCCGAGCAAUCCGACUUUGUACUCCGGUCUGAACCUCACCAAAUCGUGGCUUGACUUAACCGUAAUAUCGCGCGACUACCAUCCAUUCAACAGCCGAAAGAAUGACGAGGUACAUGAUUGGCUACUGUUAGAAUUGGAGGAGAUUAAGAGACGCAACGGGGCCAACGACUCGAGCGUGGUUGUACUAGCGGAUAAUGUGUCCAACGUCACGGCUGCUAACACCAUAUUUGGUCCAUCGAUUCCGGUCGGUACAUACUUUGAGGGCACAAACGUAGUAGUAUAUAUUCGCGGAAAGGAUGACCCACGUGGACGAUGGUGGGAGGAUGGCAAAGUAUAUUCGGACAAGAUCGUGGGUAAAGGGGGCGUGUUGAUAAAUGCUCAUUAUGAUUCCGUUGCGUCUGGAUUUGGAGCAACUGAUGAUGGUAUGGGCUGUGUCACUCUGGUGGCUCUAGUCGACUACUUUUCUCGGCCGGGGAAUCAACCUCAAAGAGGGAUCGUUGCCUUAUUCAACAACAACGAGGAGGAUGGGCUAUGGGGUGCUCAAGCAUUCGCUCAUAAUCCCUUCCUGCCUUUCUGCCAUACCUUCCUGAAUCUUGAAGGUGCUGGUGCAGGUGGCCGUGCUAUGCUGUUCCGCUCGACUGACGCUCAAGUGACUAAUGCCUAUAAAGGCACUAAGAAUCCGUUUGGCACCGUCAUCUCAUCCGACGCAUUCGGUCUCGGAGCUAUUAAGAGCAACACCGAUUAUAUCGUCUUUAAUGGAGUCUUCGGCUUACGAGGGUUAGACGUGGCAUUUUAUCGACCUCGUGCUAGGUAUCAUACCAACCAAGAUGAUGCCAAGCAUGCAUCCAGAGCCAGCCUCUGGCAUAUGCUGAGCAGUUCUCUACACACGAUGCAGGGUUUGUCUGGGGAUACUGGUCAGACAUUCAUCGGGGAACGUGCAGAUGGUGAUCGAAAGAAAGUCUGGAAUGGUAGAGGAAGUGACGGUGUUUGGUUCGACCUGUUCGGAAAAGGGUUCGCCCUCUUCGAGCUACGAACCUUGUUUGCUUGGUCUCUGACUUUGCUCAUCGCCACGCCUCUAAUGCUCGUCGGCUUAACGUAUAUCCUGAUACGUAACGACAAAUACUACUACUUCUCAGCAAGGCGGUCUGCUUAUGAAGGGUCCGACCUAGAUCCCGUUAUGUUAGGUGGUCGAAAGGGUCUAUUCAGGUUCCCAUUCGCCUUCGUCGUCGCAGCAGCGUUGGUUGUAGGGUCUGCAUACCUGGUCACCAAGAUCAAUCCGUUGGUCAUAUAUAGCAACGAAUACACCGUUUGGGCUAUGAUGAUUUCCCUCUUCUACUUCGCCUUCUGGACUAUCAUGGCAGGAGCAAACUUUGCCCGGCCCAGCGCUCUCCACCGAGGAUACUCAAUUUUCUGGCUAUUUACCAUUGCGUGGGGAGUUCUAGUCGCGAAUACCGUUUUCGAAGACCGCUUUAGAAUUGCGGGCGGAUACAUAUUCGUAUUCUUCCAUUCUGCUGCGUUUCUCGCUUCUUUCAUCUCUCUCUGCGAAUUAUUUGCCUUGCCUACUAAGGCGUCGUUUGCGCAACGGGUACAUGAUGACCACGAAAUCAGGGAUCAUCUCGCCGCUGUCCCUCACGCGGAUGAUCUAGUUUCACCAAGUCCCGAAGAACUUGGUGCUGAGGAUGAAGAUAAUGGAGAUGAUGAAGUCGAAUCUCAGUCUCCAGCGACAGAGACAACACCUCUUGUCGGUGGAGGAUCCGGAGAAACCCGUCGAACCACAUUUGCUACUACAUACCGACGUUCCAUCUCGGCAAUAGUAAACAAGGCGACGUUAGACGAGGAUGCCAAAUACCGGCCGUACGCAUACGAGCAAAAAUGGUCGACGAACCUCCCUAGCUGGGUGUGGGCCAUUCAAUUCCUGAUCCUGGGUCCAUUUCUUAUCAUCCUAGCUGGCCAGAACGGUCUGACGUUGGUUGCCGCUGUUUCACAGACAGGCGCUGAUGGGUCAAGUCUGCUCGUCCCAUAUCUUAUUACUGCAUUUUUUAGCAUCUUCCUCCUGUUACCGAUCACCCCAUUCAUACAUCGUAUUACCCACCACGUGCCGGUGGUACUGCUCGGGGUAUUUAUUGCAACCCUGAUCUAUAAUUUGGCAGCAUUUCCUUUUUCUGAAGAUAGCAGAUACAAAAUCUAUUUCCAACAGACCAUCGACCUUGAUACCGGUAUCAAUAAGGUCAAUUAUGGUGGUUUACAAGAAUUCGUCGAGCUGACGAUUGCCGAGUUACCUUCUGCUACAGGCAAAGACCUUGAGUGCACGUCACAAGGAGGUCUGCGCCCUGGCUUAACCAUUUGUUCUUACGAUGGCUCAGACGUUCCACCAAAUGUGGUCCAGACAAAUCCCAAUGGGAUCCCGCCAGGGAAUAACUUUACUAGUUGGUUGAAUUUCAACAUUACUAGGGUUGGGAGCGAAGCCAGAGCCAUAUUCGAUAUCGACGCGAGAGACAGCAGAUCGUGUGCAAUCACUUUCAAUAAGCCCAUUACUUCUUUUGUGGUUGACGGCAGCCCGCCCGAUGAGACGUUUGGUAGUAUACCUGAAGGGGGUCUAACCAAGAUCAAGCUCUAUCGUCGAGACUGGACUACACCAUGGAACGUCGAUGUUCGGUGGGAAAAGGAUUCAGAUGCAACUACUGGGAUCGAUGGCCGCGUUCUGUGCAGCUGGGACGACGUAAACAUCCCUGGGACCAUUCCUGCCUACGACGAAGGACUUAAGUAUGCCCCUCGUUGGGUAGCCCUCUCGAAAUUUACUUCGGGCCUAUGCGAAGGGAGCAAAGCAUUCGAGGCAUGAUGGAUGCGUGGAAUUGUCACUAGGUAUUCACCGUCGGUGGCUGUACUUGCAUGCGAGCGGUCUCUACCGAAACCACACCAAUAUGACCAACCUACCUAAACAGUUAUUAAGGGGGUCGAAUAUUCCAUGUGUGUGUGUGUGGAAGAUACGA